GGACCUACUUGAGUCCGUGUGAGGUGCUCCGGGUCAGAACCCGACGCCGGCCUCGCGAACCCCUCACAUUCUGAGCUUAGUUGGAGAAAAGGCGAGCGCCUGGCUCUUUUCUCCAACCUGAACCUGGCCGCCGGUCAAGCCCGGCUAGCACGCAGGCUAAUGGGACGGAAACUAACGAUAGUGCAUGCAAGAUGGCAUGUCAUGUGAACGCAGGGAUGGAGCGAGGCUGCUAAUCGUUGCCUGAUAGCCAGAUAAAGUUAGAUCACUGUCCAGGAAACGAGCAGCCCAUGUGGGCGACCGUUUGUGUCGCUCGGUGUUUUACCGGCUCUUUGUCAAUGCUUUUAUACUCACUUCCGUUUUCUUUUUUGUACUUAUUUUUCUGGCCGGCCGCCCUGUCCUAACUGCACAUCACACACUUCGACCUGGGAAGACUCGAGACUGGCCACAAAUCUGGAUUAUCUAGAAACUAAUAACUUUAUUUAGUUAGCUAAACUGUUAGCUAACUAAAUAGAAAGUUUUCUGCUGUCCGCUAUGUCUGGAAGCGAGGAUGACAGAGAUGAUUACGGAGCCCCGGAGGACCGCUUAAUGCACGACGAUGAGGAGGAGGAGAUCUCAGAGAAUGAGGCUCCGAUGGUGAAGAAGAAGAAAAAGGCCAAGAAGAGCAGAGAGAGCAAGGGAAGCAAGAGGCGGUCGCGCCGAGAGGAGCUUCCCAUCAGCUCCCCGGAGCCCAUGGAUGUAAGCGGGGUGGAGGAGGUGGAAGAUGGUGGCCUUGCCCAUCGCUCUGACAGCGAGGGCAGCGACUACACUCCAGGGCGCAAAAAGAAGAAGAGAGCCAGUAGUGGCAAAGACAAGAAGAGGAGCAGCACCGGGGCCGAUCGAAGCGCAUCCAAGAAGAAGGAGCCGGAGCCCGAGGAAGAUGACGACGAUGACGACAACUCGGAACCGAAGUCGUCCUCUCAGCUGCUGGACGACUGGGGCAUGGAGGACAUCGAUCACGUUUUCACAGAGGAGGACUACCGCUCCCUCACCAACUACAAGGCCUUCAGCCAGUUUGUCAGGCCCCUCAUUGCAGCCAAGAACCCCAAAAUUGCGGUGUCCAAAAUGAUGAUGGUACUUGGGGCGAAGUGGCGAGAGUUCAGCACCAACAACCCAUUGAGGGGAGCUGCUGCAGCAAACGCCGCUCUGGCUACAGCCAACGUGCCUGCAGCCGUCGACACCAUGGUGGCAGAGGUCACACCGGCUGCUGCGGCGCCACCGGCCCAGGCAGAGCCUCCUGCACCUCCACUACGCAAGGCGAAGACCAAGGAAGGCAAAGGUCCCAACGCUCGCAAGAAGUCAAAGCCUGCACCUAAACCACAAGAGAAGAAGAAUAAUGCCAAGACCAAGAAAGUGGCUCCUCUCAAAAUCAAGCUGGGCGGCUUCAACAGCAAGAGGAAGCGCUCCUCGAGCGAGGAGGACGAGCCCGACGUGGACAGCGAUUUUGAGGAUGGCAGCAUGAACAGCGUCUCCAUCUCAGAGGGAUCCAACAGUCGCAGCAGCCGCAGCAAAAAGAAGCCGUCCAAGAGCAAACCCAAGAAGAAGAAAGAAGCAGAGGACGGUGACGGCUAUGAGACAGACCACCAGGACUACUGUGAGGUUUGUCAGCAGGGCGGCGAGAUCAUCCUGUGCGAUACCUGCCCCCGAGCCUACCACAUGGUCUGCCUGGACCCCGACAUGGAGAAGGCGCCAGAGGGCACCUGGAGCUGCCCACACUGUGAGAAGGAAGGCAUACAGUGGGAGGCCAGGGAGGAGGCUUCUGAGGGUGAGGAAGACAACGGUGAGGUGGGCGAGAUGGAGGAGGACGACCACCACAUGGAGUUCUGCAGAGUUUGUAAAGAUGGUGGAGAGCUGCUGUGCUGCGACUCGUGCCCCUCGUCUUACCACAUCCACUGCCUCAACCCACCGCUCCCCGAGAUCCCCAACGGGGAGUGGAUCUGCCCCCGCUGCACGUGUCCAGCCAUGAAAGGGAAGGUCCAGAAGAUCCUGACCUGGCGUUGGGGGGACCCCCCUCCUCCCACACCCGUCCCUCGACCUCCAGACCUUCCAGCCGAUGCCCCCAACCCCGCCCCGCUGGCAGGGCGGCCGGAGAGGGAGUUCUUCGCCAAGUGGUCCAACAUGUCGUACUGGCACUGCUCCUGGGUCACAGAACUUCAGCUGGAGCUCCAUUGCCAAGUGAUGUUCAGGAAUUACCAGAGGAAGAACGACAUGGACGAACCUCCACCCAUCGACUUUGGCGAUGGAGAAGAGGACAAGAGCGUCAAGAGGAAGAAUAAAGACCCAAUGUAUGCACAGCUGGAGGAGAAAUAUCUGCGGUUUGGAAUCAAGAUGGAGUGGCUGAUGAUUCACCGCAUUCUCAACCACAGUGUGGACAGGAAGAACAACGUCCACUACCUGAUCAAGUGGCGAGACCUGCCGUACGACCAGGCGACCUGGGAGUCGGAGGACAUGGACGUCCCCGAGUUUGACACCUACAAGCUGCAGUACUGGAACCACAGAGAGCUGAUGAUGGGCGACGAUGGAAAACCUGGGAAGAAGAUGAAGUUGAAAGGAAGAGUAAAGAAACCUGACAGACCUCCUGAGAACCCUGUGAUAGAUCCGACUAUAAAGUUCGAGCGGCAGCCAGAGUACCUGGACACCACGGGCGGCACGCUACAUCCCUACCAGCUGGAGGGACUCAACUGGCUGCGCUUCUCCUGGGCUCAGGGCACAGACACCAUCUUGGCCGAUGAGAUGGGUCUGGGAAAGACGGUCCAGACCGCCGUCUUCCUCUACUCGCUUUAUAAAGAGGGCCACUCCAAGGGGCCGUUUUUAGUCAGCGCCCCACUCUCCACCAUCAUCAACUGGGAGAGAGAGUUUGAGAUGUGGGCACCUGACAUGUACGUGGUGACCUACGUCGGCGACAAAGACAGCCGAGCAGUGAUCCGAGAGAACGAGUUCUCCUUCGAGGACAACGCCAUCCGAGGAGGAAAGAAGGCUUCUAGAAUGAAGAAAGAUUCGUCGAUCAAGUUUCACGUCCUGCUGACCUCCUAUGAGCUGAUCACCAUCGACAUGGCCAUCCUGGGCUCCAUAGACUGGGCCUGCCUGGUGGUAGACGAGGCCCAUAGACUGAAGAACAACCAGUCCAAGUUUUUCAGAGUGUUGAACAAUUACCCUCUUCAACAUAAACUCCUGCUGACUGGAACUCCUCUGCAGAACAACCUGGAGGAACUUUUCCACCUGCUCAACUUCCUCACGCCCGAGAGGUUUAGCAACCUGGAGGGUUUCCUGGAGGAGUUUGCUGACAUCGCUAAGGAGGAUCAGAUCAAGAAGCUGCACGACAUGCUGGGUCCACACAUGCUCAGGAGGCUGAAGGCCGACGUCUUCAAGCACAUGCCUUCAAAAACCGAGCUCAUUGUCAGAGUGGAGCUCAGCCCCAUGCAAAAGAAGUACUACAAAUUUAUUCUGACGAAAAACUUUGAGGCCCUCAACACCAAAGGUGGUGGAAAUCAGGUUUCUCUGCUCAACGUCGUCAUGGACCUCAAGAAAUGCUGCAACCACCCCUACCUCUUCCCUGCAGCUGCCAUUGACGCUCCGAAGAUGCCCAACGGGAUGUACGACGGUAACGCUCUCACUAAGGCGGCUGGGAAACUGCUGCUUCUGCAGAAGAUGAUGAGGAAGCUGAAGGAGGGAGGACACAGAGUUCUCGUCUUCUCUCAGAUGACCAAGAUGUUGGACCUGCUGGAGGACUUCUUGGAGAACGAGGGCUACAAAUAUGAAAGGAUUGAUGGAGGAAUCACAGGAGGCAUGAGACAGGAAGCUAUUGAUCGCUUUAACGCUCCCGGUGCUCAGCAGUUUGCCUUCCUGCUUUCGACGAGGGCUGGAGGUCUGGGUAUCAACCUGGCCACAGCCGACACUGUCAUCAUCUACGACUCUGACUGGAACCCUCACAAUGACAUCCAGGCUUUUAGUAGAGCUCAUCGUAUUGGUCAGAACAGGAAGGUGAUGAUUUACCGCUUCGUCACCAAGGCCUCUGUAGAGGAGAGAAUUACUCAGGUUGCAAAGAGGAAAAUGAUGCUGACUCAUCUGGUGGUCCGACCUGGUCUUGGCUCCAAGACGGGCUCCUUGUCCAAACAGGAACUGGAUGACAUCCUCAAGUUUGGAACUGAAGAGCUCUUUAAGGAUGAAGGAGAAGGUGACAAUAAGGAGGAGGACAGCAGCAUCAUCCACUACGAUGACAAGGCCAUAGACCGUCUGCUGGACAGGAACCAGGACGCCACUGACGACACAGAGCUGCAGAGCAUGAACGAGUACCUGAGCUCCUUCAAGGUGGCUCAGUAUGUGGUCAAAGACGAGGAGGAGGAGGAGGAGGAGGUGCAGCGGGAGAUCAUCAAGCAGGAGGAGAGUGUGGACCCAGACUACUGGGAGAAGCUGCUGCGUCACCAUUACGAGCAGCAGCAAGAGGAUCUGGCUCGUAACCUGGGCAAAGGCAAACGCAUCCGCAAACAGGUCAACUACAACGACGGCUCUCAGGAGGACACGGCUGAUUGGCAGGAUGAUCAGUCUGAUGGCCAAUCCGAUUAUUCUGUGGCAUCUGAGGAAGGAGACGAGGACUUUGACGAGCGGUCAGAAGCCAACUCCCGCCGGCCGAACAGGAAGGGCCUGAGGAACGACAAGGACAAACCGCUGCCCCCCUUGCUGGCCAGGGUGGGAGGCAACAUCGAGGUGUUGGGCUUCAACUCUCGGCAGAGGAAGGCCUUCCUGAAUGCAGUGAUGCGUUAUGGGAUGCCGCCCCAAGAUGCCUUCACCACACAGUGGCUGGUCCGAGACCUGCGAGGGAAAUCUGAGAAGGAGUUUAAGGCCUACGUCUCGCUCUUCAUGCGUCACCUCUGUGAACCUGGAGCCGACGGGGCCGAGACGUUUGCGGACGGCGUCCCCAGGGAAGGGUUGUCCCGACAACACGUCCUCACGCGCAUCGGUGUCAUGUCACUUAUCCGCAAAAAGGUUCAGGAGUUUGAGCAUGUUAACGGUCAGUGGUCGAUGCCGUGGAUGGCGGAGCUGGAGGAGAACAAGAAGGCCGCCGCUCAGCCCGACUCCCCGGGAAAAACCCCGUCCACCGGCACGCCGGGCGACACCCAGCCCAACACGCCUGCACCAGUUGAUGAGUCUUCAAAGACUGAGGAGGCAGUGAAGGACGGAGAGAAGGAUGUAAAGAAAGAGGCCGACAACAGCAAAGAGUCUGGAAAAACCAACGAGGUAAAGACGCGGUUUGAGGGAGCUCAUUUAAAAAAGAAUCCACCUUCAGGAGCUUCAUCACAAAAUCGACCUUUGCGCCAGGUGAUCUCCAUCCCAGAUGACGACGAGAAGAGUCCGCCGGCGGAGCCGGAGAGGAAGAAGAACGGAGAGGAGCCCAUGGAGACGGACAAACCAAACGGGGAAGCGGAGAACCUCAAAGAGAAGGACGGUGAGAAGAAGGAAGGAGAUGCAGUUCAGAGGAGUUCAGAGGGAGGAGACGAAACAAAGUCGCCUUCAGAGGCCAAGACAGAGGGGUCAGACGUGAAGCCUGAGGACACCGAGGUCAAAGAAGAAAACACAGAAAAGAUGGACACUGCUGCUCCAGUCGAUGACAAGAAAGAUCUGAAGGAGGAGAAGGAGCCUCCGAAACCUGAGGCGACCAAACUGCAGAACGGAGACGGCGGCAAAGACACCGUAGCCUCAGCUCCCGCCUCUGCUGCAGCUGCCACCGAAGACAGGAAGAAGGCAAAGAGCAGAUUCAUGUUCAACAUCGCAGACGGAGGGUUCACAGAGCUUCACUCGCUGUGGCAGAACGAGGAACGAGCUGCGACCGUCACCAAGAAAACCAACGAGAUCUGGCACCGCCGCCACGACUACUGGCUGCUGGCCGGCAUCAUACAACACGGCUACGCUCGCUGGCAGGACAUCCAGAACGACGUGAAGUUCGCCAUCCUCAACGAGCCGUUCAAAGGAGAGAUGAACAGAGGGAACUUCCUGGAAAUCAAGAAUAAGUUCCUGGCCAGGAGGUUUAAGCUGUUGGAGCAGGCGCUGGUGAUCGAGGAGCAGCUGCGCCGCGCCGCCUACCUCAACAUGUCGGAGGACCCCUCCCAUCCCUCCAUGGCCCUCAACACCCGCUUCAGCGAAGUGGAGUGUCUGGCUGAGUCCCACCAGCACCUCAGCAAGGAGUCCAUGUCAGGAAACAAACCAGCCAACGCCGUCCUGCACAAAGUGCUCAAGCAGUUGGAGGAGCUGCUGAGUGACAUGAAGGCCGACGUCACCCGCCUUCCAGCGACCAUCGCCCGGAUACCACCGGUGGCCGUGCGGCUCCAGAUGUCGGAGAGGAACAUCCUGAGCCGGCUGGCGAGCAGAGGCCCGGACACACAAGCACAGACACAGCAGAUGCAGCAGCAGUAGACUGAAACAGGCUCUUUACCUCGACAACCACCCCCUGCCUCACCUCGACAUUCCUGAUUGGUGCGCAGGAUGACGGACAGCGCGCCCAAGCUUGAAGCCACGCCCACUUCCUUCUUUGCCCCCAAACAGACUUGACUCAGUUUUUCUGCAGGAUUGAAUCCUUUCCCGACUUAUGCGUUCGAGGUUGUGGACAGAAAAACAAUUUUAUUUUUUUCCUUCUUUUUCAAUUUCUGUAUUAAUAUUAUUGAUAUAAUGUUAUUAUUAUGGUUUUUUGGGACCUAAAUAAAAAAUGUACUAAAAGGUG